ACAUUUUGAUUUCCUUUCAUCCUGUUCGCUCAGAACACGAUUCGCUUUAUUCAUCAACAUCGCGGUGCUGUAAAACUUGCUUUGGUAACGGGACGAUUUAUAUACUCGCGUGUAUAUGCUUCCCUCAAUUCGAAUCAUAUACAGCGAUAUGAUCUUCUCGAAUCUUUAUUUUGAUCUGUUUAGGGUUAUAUUUUCUUAAUUUGUUGAUCUCAUUGACAUGACCUCGUGAUCUCAGUUAAAGGUAGCUGAUGACAAGUCUAAGUUUCAGGUGUAAUUCGAAGACUGUGUAUUCUGCAGGAGUUAACGUUUGGAGAGGUCAGUGCAGGAAUGCGAGCUGUAUCUCUGCAGCUACAUCAUUGUUUCGACUGUUACAAGUGAGAGAGACAUGAUCAUUGUCUUACUUCCGACAAUAAUGUGAUGGAGAUGACGGUCUCUUUUGAAAACAUAGCAAGGAUAUCCUCCAUGUUCAAUACUUGAAUAGAUGGAUGUAAAUGAAUUGACCCUAGGGAGGAAGAUCUCAUCAACUCAGAAUGAAAACCGUCUUCAGACUUGACUGAAAGCAAACUUUGGAUGAAGCAAGAUUAUAGAUUAGACUCAAUGAUGGAGGUGAUGCCAGCGACCUUGCUCGCUACCACCCCGUUCUCACACCCCCCUGCUCGAAUCGCCCUCUCAGCAGUCGAAAGAACGGUCACCAGUAUCAGAUAUAAGAAGGAGUGGCGAGCGUCGACGUCGAUUAAACGUCGCAGUGCCGUCAAUCAAAAACAUUCGAACGCAUCGGAGAGACAGUCGCGGCAGCAGAGUCGGAAUGUCAGCCAAACGCGGUCCGAUCAGUAUCAACAUUGCAGGCGUUUAUCGUCGCUUGAGCGGAGGGUCGAUUUUCGGCCUCUAGGGAGGGUGAGUGACAAGCAACUGGAGAUGCUGACGAAAACGGCGAAUGAAGUGAUGGAAGAGAUGUGGAAGGAUGCUGGAAUAGUUAACCCACCCAAGCAUUCGACCGCACCAGCGGGGAAUCAGGAGGAUCUACAGCUGCCGAAAAUUACCGAACCGAAGCAGAGUGAUACGUCAUCGACGAAAUCGUCUCGGUCAUCUCCGUCGGGCAGUCGGAAAGAUUCGGGGAACGAAGAGGAGUCGGCCAAACAGCAAGAUGCAAUGGAUGGGAUUCAAGGAGUUAGAGGGAAAAGCUACAGCAGGGUAGAUAUGGUGAAAAACUUGCAGAAACAUAGGAAGUCAUUGUCGGCACCAGUUGCUGAUCGGGCGAAAUCGAACAAACCAGCGACGAAAAGUGAGCGGAGACAGCGAUGUUCGACAUCGAAAGUAGACUCAGUCAGUUGGGGUGAUAGCGAGGGAAUGAUAAGAGGUAAGGCCAGUGUCAAGGUAGCGACAUCGUCGGUGUCGUCAAACGACAGUGAUGACAAUGCAAAAAGAAAGAAAGUAAGAAAUCAGGAUAAGCUGCCACCAGCAAAUGAAAGAAAACCAACGAAGGAAAUUGAAGAAACGGAGCGACCAACUAGGUCAGCGUUUUUUCGAUUACCACGUGUCGAAAAUAAACCGAUCGACGUCGAUGUUGAUUUAAGUACUGCAACCUUGGAAGAUGUCAUCCUCGCACGACUCGAAGAUGAUGACAAUUAUAGCGGUGACAAAGACAGUGACAGCUGCAACUCAAAAGAACAUCGAGUUCGUUGGGAGGGAAACGAAUGUGGUUAUAACUCGGACACGAUCGCUUGCACGACGCGGCCGACGAGUUCCGAAACUGACGAGAGAAAGAUGCCGAUGCGAAGUGAAAUCGCCACGCCCGAACUCUCCGAAGGAGCUUUAAGCAACGAUGAGGGAGACAGAUGCGUCAGCGCUGCCAAAAACAGACGCAAGACAAUGAAACACAGCAGCGCCAUGCUGAAAGACAUGAACGGAAAUCUUUCCAAUAAAGACCAUACACAUGGUGACGACAUCGCCGAGUCCGUCAUGAAAAAGUUGCAACCCGCUCACCCCCACGUCAUCUGGCCGGAAAACCGGUUCAUGACGUCUAAUACUGUCUUCGUGUACGGUAGUCCAUCUCAACUCGCCCCCGUGAUCGUACCGUCGCAUAGUCUCGAUUGCCCGCUCUGUAAUUUCUUCAAAAGUACACCGGGAGGCGGUAUCUGCCCUCCUAACAGCCCCACAUCGUUUAUGAAAAAGGAUUACGGAUUUUAUCCGGUUGAACGGUUUUAUUCAGACUUCUAACACUCUAACACAUAGUAGUAAUCCUUGACUCUAUCAGAAGUUAUUAUAUUUUUCCAUUAUUUAAAUUUGUUUAUGUUAUUCAAAUUUGUGUAAAUGAUUUAUAAUUUGAUAUUUUAUUGAUCAAUUAUUUAGCAGAAAUAAUAUCUGCAUAAUAGCUUCCGAUUUAUAUCGAUCCCAUUGACAUGUACGACUAUAAUCUUGAAUUAAAAUCGACUCUGCACAUCAACUUGAUGCAUAAUUUUUAAAGCCAUGUACUAAAUUCAUGACUAGCAAGUAUAUCAAAAGAGGAAUGCAAUCAAUGUACAAGCAGGGAAAAACAGUUCAUAUAAAUAUAGCCUGUGUUUGUUCUGAGUGACUUUUUGAGAAUAGGAAUACGUGACUCAAGACUUAAGGAUUUUGGGGCUGAUUAUGAAUAUAAUUUUAAAGUGUAUUUUCUGUUAGAUUCAUAUGAUAGCAAAAAUUAAUGCUUUGAACAAAAAACAAAACUAAUUUCAUGAUUUGUAUUUCAUGGUAUGUGGUAUAUAAAAACUAUUUAUCUUUCUAAAAUAUAAUGAAAAGUAUGUGAGGAGGAAGAUUCUUUCCCUUAUAUCAAAACAAAAUCGCAAUAAUCAUUCCAUACGGAGUCAAAUCAUGUUUAAAAAAGUUUAUAUUUCGGAUUUCAUUUUCCUAAAGGAAAAAAAAUGCGACGUCACUAACACCACAAGUGAUAAUCAUUUUAUCACGAAAAUUAUGAUAAAAUUUAGUAAAACACAAAUUACUCCUUUACCUGCAAAGUUCACAUCCGAAUUCGACGAAACUACCGAAGAUUGAUUGAUAAUUCUAUCCUUAUUUCAUAUUAAUUUGUUUAAGUGUGGAAUUGGCCUGGAAUGUGGGGCGCCCUCCACCCCCCCCCCCCCCUAUAUAUGAUUUGUCAAGUCUAGUGAAAAUGGGACAAAAGGAGAAAGAAAAGUGUCGGAAAGGAAGGGAAAAUAAGGAAAGAAAUAAUUAUUAAACAUGAGGAACCUUGGUCGCAUAAUUGGGCCCAUGUUGUGGACUAGAUUUGCGUCACAUGUAGCGGGGCGUUUCAUAAACUUGUUAUUGUAACAAAUUUGCAAUAAAAGUUUAAAGCUACUGAAAUCAUUCAAUUUGAUUGGCUAAUAGUAAAUUUCUAAUAUAAAUUGUGCAUUUGUUAAUAUAACAAAUCUUCAUGAAACGGGGCUCCGGUCGACUUAUCCAGCAAAAUUUCAGCUUUGAAGUAUUAUCAUUGUUGAAAAUUUUGUCAUGGAGAAUUUUCAUUCUUAUGCACUGUAUCAUAAUUGCGGAUGUUUUUUUUUAACAAUAAAUCAGGGUUAUAAAAAGUAGGGCUAAUAUUUGAAGUCAAAGUGCAUAUUGGUAUAGAUUGAUAUAUAUACAUGUAUUUUUCUUCUGUACACUUCGCAACAAAUAAAAAUUGACCAUGAUUGCCUAUAAUAUAUAUAUUGUGUUAAUUUUAUCAAGUGCAGUAAUAAAGAAACUAUUUUAUCACUUA